AUGACGAGUGCGGUCUACCAUGCCUUUUCUCAGAAGGAGGCAAAAGAGUUUGACGUUCAGCACAUGGGAGCCCAGCGGGCCGAGGCCUUCGUGAGGGCCUUCCUGAGGCGGAGCAUGCCCCGCAUGAGCCAGCAAGCCCUGGAGGACCACCUGCAACGCAAGGCCGUGGUCCUGGAGUACUUCACUCACCGGAAGCAAAAGGAAAAGAGAAAGAAAUCUAAAGGCCUUUCUGCCAAGCAGAGGAGGGAGCUGCGGCUCUUUGACAUUAAGCCAGAGCAGCAGAGAUACAGUCUUUUUCUCCCUCUACAUGAACUCUGGAAACAGUACAUCCGGGAUCUAUGCAACGGCCUCAAACCAGACAUGCAGCCACAGAUGAUUCAGGCCAAGCUUCUAAAGGCAGAUCUUCACGGCGCUAUUGUUUCAGUUACAAAAUCCAAGUGCCCCUCCUAUGUGGGUGUUACAGGGAUCCUUCUACAAGAAACAAAGCACGUUUUCAAAAUUAUCACUAAAGAAGACCGCCUGAAAGUUAUCCCCAAGCAAAACUGUGUGUUCACCAUGGAGAUCGAUGGCUUUAUUUCCUACAUUUAUGGUAGCAAAUUCCAGCUGCGGUCAAGUGAGCGGUCUGCAAAAAAGUUCAAAGCCAAGGGAACAAUUGACCUGUGA